AUGGGAGAAUGUACAGACCCAGGUGCAUCCCCGUCAGGGUGGCUGCAUCUGUGUUCAGAUGAACCACUUAUUUUCGACGACGAAGAAUUACAACCACACUCUGAUCUUUUUGCCGAGGAUUUCGAUCCCACUAGCCACGUAGAACUCCAUGACAUCCAGGAUGAGUCAUUAAAAUCUACUUUACGCGAAGGAGAUUCUGCGGAUUUGCCCUUCUUCAAUGCCUACGAUUUUGCAGCUCAGGAUGCAACCCGAGGUCUUCAUAACGUUGCUUCGGCCUCGAAUCCUCCAUCCUGCUCAUCUCUACCUUCCUUGGUUGCCCCAGAAGAUCUUUCAUCAUACCACCCUAUGCCCGACGACUUUGCAGCCUCUAUUGAAGCUUCGACACGCCAACUAAGCUUUGAUACAUGUUACGAAAUCAGAUCGCUCGAAAGUCAUCCGUCUCUUCCACGGCAUCAGCAAAUGACACAGGUAGAAGCAGAGUGCAUUAUGGUAGACGAUUUGGAAGAAGGCGACGAAGAUGAGCCCCUUGCAAUAUCUUUGAGCCAACUCAAAUGUCCUACGUGUGCUAAAACAUUCACCGAAAAACAUCGCUAUAAGUAA